UCGCCAGCGGGAGACCUACUCGACGACCGGCGACCUCACGGCUGCGAGCAAAAGAGACUGCGAUCGCCAGAGAGAGAGAGAGAGAGAGAGGAGAGAGAGAGAGAGAGAGAGGGAGACGAUGCCAUCACCUCCUACUCCUGUAAGGCUGUAACCGCUCUGGAGGGCCGACGAGAGCGAGCAGCCGUGGCUCCGUCGGGGCAUCAGGGCCUCUCCCGCCGCAGGAUCCCGUCCUCCGCCUCCUCUGCCCCGCCGCCACCGCCGCCUGCUUCCUUCGAUCCCGAAGACCUCCCCUUCUGGCAGCAGAAUUGGUUCCUGUUCCUCCUCCUCCUCAUGGCCUUUUCUUUCUUCGCCGUCGCCGUCUUGCUCUACCUCGGCCUCGAAGUCCCCGAGGGCUCCCCCGCCCCAGCUACCGCCGCCCAAGAAGGCGUCCAGAUCACAUAUGGCAGUGUGAUUAAGCUGAUGCACGAUAGGACGAAGUUUCGACUGCAUUCACACGAUGUGCCGUAUGGCUCCGGGAGUGGACAGCAAUCCGUCACUGGAUUCCCCAAUGUGGAUGAUUCGAAUAGCUAUUGGGUUGUGAAGCCUCCACCUGAUUCAUCUGCAAAACAAGGUGAUGUUAUUCCAAAUGGAACUAUCAUAAGGUUACAACAUAUGAGAACACGAAAAUGGCUACACAGCCACUUACAUGCUUCGCCGAUAACCGGUAAUCUGGAGGUGAGCUGCUACGGCGGAGACAUGAACUCUGAUACUGGAGACUUUUGGCGGCUGGAGAUCGAGGGAAGUGGGAAGACUUGGAAACAAGACCAAAGGGUAAGACUGCGGCAUGUCGAUACUGGUGGUUAUCUUCACAGUCAUGACAAGAAAUAUUCCCGUAUAGCUGGAGGCCAGCAAGAGGUCUGUGGAGUUCGCGAGAAGCGUCCUGACAAUGUCUGGUUAGCAACGGAGGGAGUCUAUCUUCCAAUUAAUACAAGUGAUGUUUGAAUUAUCAAGCUGCUUUAAUCAGCCAGUAUUCCUCUUGUCGCCAACUACUUGUGCCACGAAGUUUUGGUUCAAUUACUGGGUGGUGAGUGACUUUCCAAUGCACUAACCUGAACGCAGUACUUGUUUUGCUUGAUGUAAUCGACGGCCUUCUUGAGCUCGUACCCCCACCAUGGGUAUUCCAUAAUUGUUUUUUGACAUUACAUAUGCAUCAGCAUGUAACAUAAGCAUUAGCUGAAACAAUUCACCAAAAAUAUCGGUUGUUAUCAGGUUAUUAAUUAGAAACUGGUUUGCUAUCAAGUCAUUAUUUAUAACCCAA